AUGGGAGAACAAUGGUUCAAAAGUUGUUUACCGGAUGAAUACUAUGGGAAGUUCGUUAGUGAAGGCAUUUAUCCUGAUGGACGCUCAAUAUCCAGAUUUAGACCGCUAUUUUUUAAGCUUGGUACCUGGGGCGGAGUCGGGUCUGCCUUGGUGAAACUUGGUGGCGCUUCUGUUUCGUGCACCGUCCAAGCUUCCUUGGCACUCAUCCAUGACGGUCCUCUUGUUUCCUGCGAAAUCGAUGCGUGUGCAUCCGUACCACAGGCUCAGGUCAACGAUGUGUCCGAUUUGCUUAAUAAGGUUUUCACAAAUGAGUCACUUCCCCUCCGAUCUGCUUUGCUAGUAAAAGGGAUUGAUAGCGAACCGACUAUGACUUGGGAACUCACUCUCCGUGUGCAGAUUCUGAACUCCGAUGGCUCUGUUCUAGACGCCAUUUUCUGUGCAGUCUCAGCAGCACUAUAUGAUGUUCGCUUGCCUUCAGUGGCUCUUAAACAUGCUAAAGACGAUGAGUCUCCUUUUCGGCAGGAAGAAAUAUCACUUCUUGAGAAU